CCUCCGCGCCAGCAGGGGGCGCCGCCGCCCCGCCGGAGCCGCUCUGGCGGCGCCGCUUCCCCGGGGCUCGGCCAUGGCGGCGGGCGCUAGGAGGGCCGUGUACCCGCUGUUCCAGAGGGGCGGCCCGCAGCUGCGGAUCUUCCGUCCCAACUUCUUCAUGCUGGCGGUGCGGCCCGGCGUGCCCCAGCCCGAGGACACCGUGCAGUUCCGCGUCUCCAUGGAAAUGACAAAACUGGAUAUCAGGAAUUACCUUGAAAGAAUAUACAAUGUGCCUGUAGCUGCUGUGAGAACCAGGAUACAGUAUGGUGCAAACAACAAGAGGAAUCACAGGAAUCAGAGAGUGAAGAAGCCAGAUUACAAGGUCGCCUAUGUACAGCUGGGCCAAGGACAAACCUUUCAGUUUCCCAGCCUAUUUCCAGAGAAAGAACAAGACGCAGAAACUCGCUCUUUCGAUGACUUCAGGGAUAAAUAUAUGGAGAAAGAGAAGCAGAAGCAGGAGCAGGAAGGUGACCCCAGACGAGGUGGAGUCCCUGACUGGUUUGGACUUUGAAGCCAGUUGCCUUCCUUUAGGCUCAGAGGGAUUUUGAUUAGCACAACUCUUCUCUUCUCUUCUCUUCUCUUCUCUUCUCUUCUCUUCUCUCUCUUCUCUUCUCUUCUCUUCUCUUCUCUUCUCUUCUCUUCU